AUAACGGCACCGAACAACAUUUACCGCUCCGCGUCACGAAUCGUCGUCGUCGUUGGCAUCAAUUAAAAAUCGAAAAAUUAUUCGUAAAUCAACUAAUUACGCAAGACGAGAGAUUCUCAUAAUACAGAAAACCGGCGGCAACGAGAGAAUCGCACGUGGGUCAAUGUCAAUGGAAAGUUGAUUGUUUGAAUAUUCAAAAAAUCGCGAGAUUGAGAAAAAAAGUCCGUUACGCUUCACGAGAGAGACACAAACAUAAAAUUUCGAUUGUGAAAGAAAAUUCUGUGAAUCAGAACUUUUUAUCGGAGCCACUUGCGGUUAUCUUUCGAUGAGUUGCAGGAAAAAAAAAGUUGUUUUCGCUUUUAAAUCUGCGCCUCGUCUGCUAUUUUUAGUCAACAAAGUCUCUGAUGAGAAAAAGAUAAAAGAGUUGUGAUAAGCGUUACUCUCGUAAUUAGUUUUGAUUCAUCAUUUCGCGAGGUAAGAAGUCGCACGAUGGAGUCUAAUGCCGCGAAGAAACAAGAUAAAUUACGGGAAGAAUGCCCGGUGAAGGGCACUUCAUAUUUGAGUCAACUUACGUUCGCGUGGACCAUGAAGAUUUUUAGUCAAGGCGCCAAAAAGCCAUUUACGACAGAAGAUCUUUAUCAACCGCUAAAGUCACAUAAAUCAGAAACUCUCGGCUGCAAAUUGUACGAUGAAUGGAACAACGAACUCGAGCGAUGUAAACAAAAAGAAGGCAGAUCUCCGAGCUUAAUUCGCGUUGGUUUGCGAGUUUUUUGGUGGCAAAUCACUUUAAUCGCCAUUGUCGAGUUCAUAGAAGAAUUUUUCGUUCGAAUUAUUCAACCAAUCUUUUUGGCGGGACUCAUCACGGACUUUUCCAAGACUUAUGACGUCAUGGAUUUGGGAGAAGCUUAUUUGUAUGCUGUUGGAAUCGUCUUUUGCAGUUUAAUUCAAGUAUUUUUGAAGCAUCCAUGCUUCUUUUUUCAAACUCACGUUGGAAUGCAAAUGCGAGUCGCCGCUUCAUCGAUGUUGUACCGCAAAGUCCUCAAAUUGACGAAAAAUGCCUUGGAACGAAGCUCCAUCGGGCAAGUUGUGAAUUUAUUGUCGAACGAUGUGUCGCGAUUCGAUUUUGCGGUGACUUUUUUGCACUAUUUGUGGAUCGGACCGUUAGAAGUUGUCGUCAUCAGUGUCAUUUUGUACCAAGAAAUCGGCAUUAGCAUCCUGUUCGGGGUCAGUUUUAUGGUUUUAUUCGUGCCGCUACAAAUGUAUUUGGGGAAAUUGAACUCAAAGUUGCGUCUCAAGACGGCAAUUCGCACAGAUAAGCGAGUACGACUGAUGAACGAAAUAAUCCAGGGGAUUCAGGUAAUCAAGCAGUAUACGUGGGAAUUUGCAUUUGCGAAACUUGUGGAAGAUGCACGCAAAAAGGAGAUGCAUGUGAUACGGAAAGUCUCGUAUAUUCGGGGAAUUUUGAUGUCUUUUAUUCUUUUUACGACACGAACGAGCAUCUUUUUGAGUCUUGUUGGAUAUGUUUUGCUCGGGAAUUUUUUGGAUGCAAGGACAGCAUUUCUCGUGACAGCUUAUUUUAACAUUUUGCGGUUGCCGAUGACGUCGUUUUUCGCUCAAGCUUUAAACAAACACGCUGAAGUAACGAUUUCUGCUCGUCGAAUCGAAAAAUUCAUGCUUCUCGCUGAAAUAAGUGACGAUCAUCUAAAAAAUUCCAAGUCAAAUUCUGACAUCGCAAGUAUCAAAAUCAACAAAGCAUGCGCCAAAUGGGAUCCAAACACUCAAACGGAAAACACACUCGACGAAAUAACGUUAAAUCUCGAAGGAAGCUCCCUCAUCGCCGUUGUCGGAUACGUUGGAUCUGCCAAAAGCAGUUUACUCCAACUAAUUUUGAAAGAACUCCCCAUCGAAAGUGGCUCCAUCGACAUCAACGGCAGCAUUUCUUACGCUUCCCAAGAACCAUUUCUCUUUUCCGGAAGCGUGCGACAAAAUAUCCUCUUUGGACAAGAAUUCGAUGCGGAACGAUAUCGAACUGUGACGCGAAUUUGCGCUUUGGAUCAGGAUUUUCGGCAAUUUCCGCAUCGAGACAACACGAUAAUUGGAGAACGAGGCACCACGCUUUCAGGAGGGCAGAAAGCACGUGUCAAUCUUGCACGUGCCAUUUAUCGGAGGGCGAACAUUUAUUUGCUGGAUGAUCCGUUGAGUGCUGUGGACCCGCAUGUGAGCAAGCAUUUGUUCGAUAAGUGCAUUCGGAUGUUCUUGCAUGGGAAACUUGUGGUUUUGGUAACGAAUCAACUGGAAUAUUUGGAAAAAGUUGAUAAAGUCGUUUAUUUGGAACACGGAAAAGUGAAGGCGAUGGGAAAAUAUGACGAAUUGCUGAAGUUAGGAUUGGAUUUCACGAAAUUGGUCGAAAAAAAGGAAAAUCCCGAAGCAGAAAAGGAACGAAGUCGCGCCAACAGUUCAUCCUCGAACCGAACAAUUUCCCUUCAGCGUCAACCGAGCAUCGAAUCCAGCAUCGGCGACGAAUGCGAAGACCAACCACACGAUCGUGACCUCAUCCAAGUCGAAGAAACGCAGGAACGAGGCUCCAUCGGCUUAGAAGUCUACAAAAAAUACUUCCGCGCAUGCGGCGGCUACGGAUGCGUCAUAUUUCUCGCUUUUAUUUGCAUUUCGUCGCAAAUGUUUGCGAGCGGAGCAGAUUUCUAUUGGAGCGUUUGGGUUGCCAAGCAAAAAGAAUUGUCCGAACAAGAUCCUUUGGAUCUCGCAACGAACCAAAAACCCUCAAAUGACACGAGUUUUUGGCAAAAAUUGACCCUGGAUCCGUAUUUUGACGUUUAUUUGUUCACAGCAAUCACACUUUUGACGAUUAUCACGACUUUUUGGCGGAGUUUCUCGCUAAUUAAUGCCUGUGUGAGAGCCUCGAAGACUUUGCAUAAUGCGAUGUUUCAGAAAAUUGUGCGGGCGCGCAUGUAUUUCUUCAAUACGAACCCGAGCGGGAGGAUUUUGAACCGAUUUUCGAAGGAUGUUGGGCAAAUUGAUGAAAUUUUGCCGUCGAUUUGGAUUGAUCUCGUUCAACAUUUUCUCACGAUUUUUGGCGUGAUUUUUGUGACGUCACUCGUGAACCCAUAUUUCCUCAUUCCGAUCGUGUUAAUAGCAACUUUGUUCUAUUACCUUCGAUUAUACUACCUGAAGACAUCGAGCAGCUUAAAAAGACUCGAAGCGCUGACACGGAGCCCAAUUUACUCCCAUCUCUCAGCAUCUCUCGACGGAUUAUCGACAAUUCGAGCUUUUAAUGCCGAAUCCACGCUAAUUUCGGAGUUCGAUUCGUACCAAGAUACGCACAGUUCGGCUUUUUAUCUCUUCAUUGCCGUAAAUCGCGCUUUUGGAUUCCUCUUGGACUUUAUUUGUGUCUUUUAUAUUGCUGCAGUGACCUUUAGUUUCUUCUGGAUGGAAGCUACGGGAGGAAAUAUUGGUCUUGCCAUCACACAAGCUGUGAAUUUCCGUGUUCAAUUCGCGAUUCGUCAAUCAGCAGAGCUCGAAAAUACGAUGACAGCAGUUGAGAGAGUCGUCGAAUAUGAUGCGGUUGAGUCAGAGCAACUUACAGCGGAGAAGAAACCUCCAAAGUCGUGGCCUGAUGAAGGAAAAAUUAAAUAUUCGAAGCUUUCGUUGAAGUAUUUUGACGAUGAAAAUGCGGAAAAAGUUCUUGUUGAUGUUAGUUUCGAUGUGAAUUCGAAUGAGAAGAUUGGAAUUGUGGGCAGAACAGGUUCAGGAAAGUCUUCGCUAAUAAGUGCCUUGUUUAGAUUGUUUUAUAAUGAAGGAUUGAUCGCUAUUGAUACUCUUAAUACGGCGGAUAUUGGAUUGCAUGAUCUACGAAGCAAGAUUUCAAUAAUCCCGCAAGAGCCUGUGCUCUUUUCCGGCAGCGUUCGUUACAACUUAGACCCCUUCGAGGAAUUCACAGACGCCAAAUUAUGGAAUGUCCUCGAAGAAGUUCAACUCAAAGACGUUAUCGGCGAUUUACCUGCGGGAUUAUUGUCUCCCAUCACGGAAGGAGGCACGAAUUUCAGCGUUGGACAACGACAAUUAAUUUGUUUAGCACGCGCCAUCUUGCGGGAAAAUAAAAUUUUGGUAAUGGAUGAGGCAACGGCGAACGUUGACACCAACACAGAUGCUCUGAUACAAAAAACGAUCAGAAAUAAGUUUGGAAAUUGCACUGUGAUGACGAUUGCACAUCGAUUGAACACAAUUAUGGAUUCCGAUAAGAUAAUUGUCAUGAAUGAGGGACGCUGCAUCGAAUUUGGAACGCCGCAUGAGCUGUUAACUGCCACAGAAGGACCCCGAGUAUUCCAAGCGAUGGCACAACAAUCGGGAGAAACGUAUUUUGAUGGAUUUUUAAAAGUUGCUGAACGACAUUCGAAGAAACUUAAUUAGGAGUAAGUAGGAUAAGUAGAUAAAAAGGGUAAAAAAUACAAAUAAAAAGUUAUUUUUGUUAAAUUUUAUUUAAAAUAAUAA